AUGCCAUCAACCACAAAUCGCCCAUCAUCAAAGUUGAUGUGGAAAGGAGUUGUUGCAUCAUAUGUCAUUAUCGCAAUGUGUUUGUUUCCUCUAGCAAUUGUUGGAUACUGGACAUUUGGAAACAAGUUUCCGGUCAAUGGAGGAAUGUUAACGGCACUAUCAUCCACCCUUCAAUACAACGCGUCAAAACCUUUGCUAGGCCUCAUAUACGUGCAAAUCAUUAUAAGUAGCAUCGCGGCUUUCCAGAUCUACGCUAUGGUUGUCUUUGACAACCUAGAGCGUGCGUACGCCCUCAUAAAAAGCAAGGAAUGCCCAAAGUUAACCCGAAUGGGAAUCAGAAUAUUCUACGGAGGUUUUAUAUUCUUUACAUCGGUUGCUUUUCCAUUUCUUCCAAGCCUGGCACUACUUGCCGGAGGACUUGCUUUACAUGUGACAUUCGGGUAUCCAUGCCUCAUGUGGAUUGCAAUCAAGAGACCACCAAUGAAAUCCGUAAGGUGGUGGCUUAAUUUUGUGCUUGGUUGUUUAGGCGCGGGAUUGAGUACUGUUGUAGUUGUUGGUGCAGUGUGGAACUUGGUUUGUAGAGGUUUAGAUGCCAACUUUUUCCAUCCAUGA